AUGUCAUCUCCAGACAAGACAACCCAAAGGAAUGAGGUCCUCAAUAACAUACGGAGGUCCUCGAUGGUGGCGGGACAUGGGAGAAAACAGUCCGAGUUUGAGAUGUCACAAGCCGCGUCAGCCUCACAACCUGGGGCGCUUAUUUCUAACAACAGGUUACCGUGUGACGCCGGCGGCAUCACCAUUCACACAACUGUCACUCGACCGUCGGUGUCUCACCUACCCGGGCUCAAUCUGAACCCCCGGAUGUCCGUAUACAGCGCAACUCGCCCAGUUAUCAUCAGCCGUGCUUACGUUCAAGGACGCGCUUAUAACUUUCUGGAAAGACCAUCUGGGUGGAAAUGCUUCGUGUAUCACUUCUCGGUGUGAGUGUUUAUGAUGAAUAACGUUGAUAUAAUAGGAACACAUUACUUGCAUUUGUCAACCAUGCCAAGUGCUUUGUGGGCGUUUUGCCAAGUGCCAAACGGUUCAAAGCAGUUCAAGGGCAUGACACUAGGCUAUCCUUUGGAUUAUUUCUAGUAGUCCUAAUACAAUACUAUACUGGUGAUUAAAGGUAAAAUGAUGCUACUGAAUGAUACUGUAGGCUAUAAGAUUUAGGCUAUAUGUAGAUUUAUACAUCUGAACAAACUCACUUCAGUAUUUAAUGAACAUUUGUAUUUAUUUUUAUUUCACCUUUAUUUAACCAGGGAAGCCAGUUGAGAACAAGUUCUCAUUUACAACUGCGACCUGGCCAAGAUAAAGCAAAGCAGUGCGAUAAAAACAACAACAACACAGAGUUACACAUGGGAUAAACAAAACAUACAGUCAAUAACACAAUAGAAAAUCUAUAUAAAGUGUGUGCAAAUGUAGUAAGUUAUGGAGGUAAGGCAAUAAAUAGGUCAUAGUGCAAAAUAAUUACAAUUUAGUAUUAACACUGGAGUGAUAGAUGAAGAUGAUGUGCAAAUAGAGAUACUGGGGUGCAAAUUAGCAAAAUAAAUAACAAUAUGGGGAUGAGGUAGUUGGAUAGGCUAAUUUCAGAUGGGCUGUGUACAGGUGCAGUGAUCGGUAAGCUGCUCUGACAACUGAUGCUUAAAGUUAGUGAGGGAGAUUUGUGUCUCCAGCUUCAGAGAUUUUUGUAGUUCGUUCCAGUCAUUAGCAGCAGAGAACUGGAAGGAAUGGCGGCCAGAGGAGGUGUUGGCUUUGGGGAUGACCAGUGAGAUAUACCUGCUGGAGCGCAUACUACAGGUGGGUGUUGCUAUGGUGACCAAUUAGCUAAAAUAAGGCAGGGAUUUGCCUGGCAGUGAUUUAUAGAUGACCUGGAGCCAGUUGGUUUGGCGACGAAUAUGUAGUGAGGGCCAGCCAACGAGAGCGUACAGGUCACAAUGGUGGGUAGUAUAAGGGGCUUUGGUGACAAAACGGAUGGCACUGUGAUAGACAACAUCCAAUUUGCUGUGUAGAGUGUUGGAGGCUAUUUUGUAAAUGACAUCGCCGAAGUCAAGGAUUGGUAGGUUUUACGGUUUUACGAGGGCAUGUUUGGCAGCAUGAGUGAAGGAGGCUUUGUUGCGAAAUAGGAAGCCGAUUCUACAUUUUAGUCAUUUAGCAGACGCUCUUAUCCAGAGCGACUUACAGUUAGUGAGUGCAUACAUUAUUUAUUUUUCAUACUGCCCCCCCCGUGGGAAACGAACCCACAACCCUGGCGUUGCAAACGAUCUAACAAACUGAGCUACAUCCCUGCCGGCCAUUCCCUCCCCUACCCUGGACGAGCUGAGCCAAUUGUGCGCCGCCCCAUGGGUCUCCCGGUCGCGGCCGGCUACGACAGAGCCUGGAUUCGAACCAGGAUCUCUAGUGGCACACUGCUACCACUGCACCACUCGGGAGACUAUACUUAAGUUUGGAUUGGAGAUGCAUAAUGUGAGUCUGGAAGGAGAGUUUACGGUCUAACCAGACACAUCAUGUGGGCGCUGAGGUCAGACGGCUAUUAUGUAGUAUUGACCGUUUUGUCUCAACAUGUAAUUUUGUCAAACUCUAUGGGCUUGUUUCCCGGACACAGAUUAAGCCUAGGCCUGGUCUACAAAUACUGUAUAUUUCAAAGGAGAUUCUCAGGUGAAACCAGCCCUUUAUCAUCAUUCUGUCCAGGUGAAACCAGCCCUAUAUCAUAAUUCUGUCCAGGGGAAACCAGCCCUAUAUCAUCAUGCUGUCCAGGUGAAACCAGCCCUAUAUCAUCAUGUUGUCCAGGUGAAACCAGCCCUAUAUCAUCAUGUUGUCCAGGUGAAACCAGCCCUAUAUCAUCAUGUUGUCCAGGUGAAACCAGCCCUAUAUCAUCAUGUUGUCCAGGUGAAACCAGCCUUAUAUCAUCAUGUUGUCCAGGGGAAACCAGCCCUAUAUCAUCAUGUUGUCCAGGUGAAACCAGCCCUAUAUCAUCAUGUUGUCCAGGUGAAACCAGCCCUAUAUCAUGGCAUGUUGUCCAGGGACGUGGGCAUACUGUAAGGGUUUCAGGGGCCUGAUCUCUGGCGGAGGAAUGUUCAGUAUGAAGACCAACCCCCAAUGCUCAGUAUCUCCUCUCACUGGAGUUGAUAGCGGGCAGCUAAACUUGGCACGUUGGCUGCUUUGAGAGCAGUAGGCCCUGCCUGGCACUGCCACUCUAUGACCUGCUGGGGUGCGAUGGGGGAUGCCAAGGGAAUAUGAGUGAGCCUGAUGCACCAGGGCAGAGAUAGUCCUGAUAGCACUGGAUGCCAAUGGACCACCACUACAGAUACCCUGUUAUGCCCCCAUUGUUUCCACAAAUGUUGCCUACUAAAUAACUACUAAAUGGAUUCAUUUGUUUUUAAGGAUUUAGGCAGUAUUUUCCUCACCCGUUAAAAGGCCUACACAGCACUGUCCUAAUUAUGACAUAUCAGAUGUUAAGAGUCUGGACAGUUUGGUUCUAACUCUGUAACUAACGUUACCAAGCCAAAACCACCUUAACGAGGUAAAGUGUAGCCUUCCAAUGGGGGUGCACGGUAUACCCUUGCCUUUUUUACACUAACACUCACACUUGUAUUUUCUUACUAGCACUGACUUUGCUGAUAGCUGCUUUAUUGAGGGAAGUAUUUACUAUAGCUAGGUUUGCAUCUAAUUGGCGACAGCUUUUCAUGAGAAUAUUGUAAAAUCCGCGUUUUCCCACCGAAAGACGUGUUUCCAUCAAAUGUACUUAUGGCAGAUAAAAGUCUAUGCGUGAUGAAGUAGUGCACGUAAAAAUACCUUUGGCGUUUAAAUUCCACGUACCGAAUAAAAAAAAUACAAGUUAAAUGGAUUUCCAUCGCAUUUUACACUCACAAAAAAUGUUGCGUUAUGUAGUGUGCCCACUCUGGUAUUGACACGUCUCCUCUAGCCAACAGCGCGCAGAUACGCAUAGCCGACAUUACAUGAUGAGAUUAUUAUGGACAAAAGAGCAAGAUUAUCUUUUAUUUGUCAAACGGUAGCUAAGCGUCGAUGAUCAUGUCAACAGAAUAAGGCCCUCGAUAUUUAUUGGAAAGGAGCAUCAAGCUCAUCACCUUGCACUUUCACCACCCUGUGAAGUUCCUCAUCAUUUACUUCAUCUGUAGUCUAAUAAACUGCAUGGUUUCCCGGCGAGUCGUAGUGGGGGGACCACACGUGUCAUCGUGCGACUCAAAAGUUGACUUUGAUAUGAUGGUUAUUAUAUCAAUAUUUGCACAUAAAAGCGUUUCCAAUUACAUUUCUCGCAUAAUUCAUUUUACCGACACAAAAAGAUCCCACCUUGUCUAGCGACAUUUUUUUCUGUUUCCAUCAGGUUUGUCAUGACAUUUUUUAAACCGACAUGUACUUUACUCACAUAAAAAGGAUGGAAACCUUGUUUAUAACUGUGAUAUGUGGUGGCCUCACCUAGCUACCAACUGUAAGUCACUCUGGAUAAGAGCGUCUGCUAAAUAACUCAAACGUAAUGUUCAUGUUAUUUCAUUGUUGGGUCUCUUGUUGUCUAACUAUAAGAGUGGGAGCCAGGAAUGAACAUUGGCUUAUCACUGACCCAGAGUGAGCGCUUCAGACAGAGCGCUAUCAGGACUGCAGGACCUCCCCCACAAGUGUGUGUGUGUGUGUGUGUGUUUGCAUGGUUGAAUAGUUCCGUUACACCAUGACCUCUGUAGAUCAUGCCUCUAGCUGAACAUGUGCUACUUGUGCUCUUUACAAUGCUUCCAUUGAUAAUGACAUGACAACAUUUAGUUGGAUACAUACAUUUACUUCAUUACUUUACUCUACUAAACAUUGUUGAGUCAUCACGUUCACAGUGAUUGAGAUAUAUAUAACAGGGAGACUGAGACCCGAUACAGAGACCCAGUGACACUGCAACAUGAAACUGUCACAUUGUCCCUUCACUCCACAAGCCAGCCGUCUAUGACAGCACAAGUCAACCUGCCUAAGAUGUGUUCUAUCAUAGAGAGUACCUGAUAGUAACACCUUGUGAUGUGAUUACCUGUACACAGCGCUGCUGUCUACCUCUCUCUGCCUUGUCCUGCUGCCCCCUGCAGACACAAUAGACUAGAAGAGAUCCUGCCCAUCAAUAAUACAUGGAGCUUGGAGACGUGAUGCUGACAUUAUUGUGUAGAGCUCAAUCUUGCCCACACAGCCCACAAUAUAGGGGCCAGUAGAGCCCAUGUUAUUUGGAUUUACUAAGGAUCCCCAUGAGUUCCUGCCAAGGCAGCAGCUACUCUUCCUGGGGUUUAUUAUGAAUCCCCAUUAGUUCCUGCCAAGGCAGAAGCUACUCUUCCUGGGGUUUAUUAUGGAUCCCCAUUAGUUCCUGCCAAGGCAGAAGCUACUCUUCCUGGGGUUUAUUAUGGAUCCCCAUUAGUUCCUGCCAAGGCAGCAGCUACUCUUCCUGGGGUUUAUUAAGGAUCCCCAUUAGUUCCUGCCAAGGCAGCAGCUACUCUUCCUGGGGUUUAUUAUGGAUCCCCAUUACUUCCUGCCAAGGCAGCAGCUACUCUUCCUGGGGUUUAUUAUGGAUCCCCAGUAGUUCCUGCCAAGGCAGC